GCAUACUGCUCACUGAUUGGCUGAACCUCUCAAACUACCGAAAGCCAGAAAGACCAAAACACAUUUUCGCAUAAUCAUGGCAGACGCACCUACAGCAGCCAGGUACGCUGUUACAAGUGUUUACAAUGAGGUUAAGGAGUACUAUGGAAAGACACUUAAGAAGACAUCUGACCUGAAAAGCAAUGCAUGUGUACCGUCUGCCAAGUCUGUCCCUGCAUAUGUGAGAAAAGCGAUAGCUGGGAUCCAUCCAGAUGUCGUUGCAAAGUACUAUGGCUGUGGUCUGGUGGUCCCUGAGUGUCUGGAGGGCUUCAGGGUGCUUGAUCUCGGCUGUGGGAGUGGACGGGAUUGCUACAUGCUCAGCCAGCUCGUAGGAGAGAAGGGACAUGUCACAGGCAUCGACAUGACUGAAGAUCAGCUUGAGGUGGCCCAGAAGUAUGUUGACUACCACAUGCAAAGAUUUGGUUACAAAAAGCCAAAUGUGAAUUUUGUUUGUGGUUACAUUGAGGCCUUGGCUGAAGCAGGUCUAGAGGAGAAAUCAUAUGAUAUCAUCAUAUCAAACUGUGUGGUGAACCUGUCCCCAGAUAAAACCAGUGUCCUGAGGGAGGCUUACCGUGUACUAAAGGAUGGAGGGGAAUUGUACUUUAGUGAUGUUUAUAGUGAUGCUAGAAUCCCAGAAGACCUCAAGGCCAACAACGUGUUAUGGGGUGAGUGCCUGAGUGGAGCAUUGUGGUGGGAAGACCUGAUACGACUGGCUGAAGAGGUUGGGUUCUGCAAACCCAGACUGGUUACUGCUAGUAUCAUCACUGUGGGCAACAAGGAACUAGAGAAACUUCUUGGUGACUACAAAUUUGUGUCUGCCACAUACCGGCUCUUCAAGUUACCAAAAGGUUCAGAGAAGAGGUCCUGUCUGGUCAUGUACAACGGAGACAUUACAGGUGUGGAGGAAAGCUUCGAGUUUGAUGCCCAAUUUACCUUUAAGGUUGAUAAAGUGAUGGAGGUGGAUGGUGAUGUGGCCAGCCUCUUGAGUAACUCCAGAUUUGCUGAAGAAUUCACAUUUCAGCCUCAGGAGGUGAACACCUCUGCCUCUGGAGGAUGCUGGGCCAAACCCAAGGCAGUGUCAAUGAAUCCCUUUGAACUGGUCCAGCAGUUGGGCAGUGCACGUGUAACUGCUUCCACUGGGGGGUGCUGUGCAGGCCAGGAAUCAUGCUGCAACUGAAUCUAAUGUAAAAUCAGUUUUGCUUGUUUAUAAUUUGAAAAGAACAAAUUAUUGG